ACCACCCAUGUUUAAUUAUCCAGGAUUCAUGCGUUCAAUGUGGUACGAAACAAUGGUGCAAGCAAUAGAAGCUUGGUGUUUAGAAUUAUCAGAAAUUAUGAAUCCAGAUAACGAAAAUACAGCAAUGAAUGAACAAGAAGACAAAUUAAUUGAUAAUGCAGAAAUUGUCGUAAUGAAAUCAGUACUUAAACUCUGUUUAAAUAAAGGGGCACGAUUAAAUUGUUUAUUUUUACACCCUGAUAGACUUGAUGAAUUAAAUGAUGAAUUAUAUGAGAUGUUAUUGGUAAAUGAAGAAUUUAAAGAUUUAGUAUCAUCGAUUAAAACAUUAGAGAUUAAUGGAAUGAUUAGAAAAAAUAAUGUUUAUUUAAUGUUGA